CCCUAGGAAGUGAAACUCAAACGGUAGGACGCAGAGACUAAAUUCAAAGCAGGACGACAGAAGCGUCCCUUUACUAACGCAACACCCACAACUCGGGUGCCGAUUAUUUUCACCUUUUAUUUAAGCACGCCACAUGUUCGAUAAAAUGUGUCAACAAUAAAAGAGUCCCCUCUUAGAAUUACUCAAAAUCUUCAGAAGCAAUCAUGAUGCCCUACAAUCUUUCUGACGGCUUCAAGGAAAUUCUGAAGAUUCAAAAGUUCCGAAGAAAAGCAGUUUUAGCUAUUCUUUUCAUCCUCAUAUAGAGUUAGUGGCUAGCCUUGCAUAUCCCCUCUAAAUUUGUAAAGAUUUUGGUUAAAGUCUUUGAAAUAUGUUUUCAUUGCUUUGUCUGAUAGUUUUGAUGUUUGGGUACGAGUGCUUGUUAUGCUUGCAUCCUUCUUGUGAAAGGAAGAGAGACCCAACUGCACGAGUUACCAAAGCAAUUGAGAGGCAUAAAAUGCUUGUUUAGUAUUAAUGUGGUUUCUUAUGAGAUUAACAAAAGAUGAGCGUGAGAUCAACUUAGCAAAUGGAGAGGCAGACCCAGAAUUUGUUGAGUGGAAAUGGGAGUUGUUGAGCAGAGCUGGGUUUUCAAGCGUUGAUCAAUUCUAUGCUUCUUAUCCUGCUGGAACUGAGCUUUUAACUGACACCACUAAGUUAUAUAAAGCGGCAUUAGGAAAUUGCUUUGAGUCGGAAGAGUGGGGUCCGGUUGAGUUCUGUAUUAUGGCCAGACACUUCAAGCGUCAAGGGAAAUCGCCAUAGGCCUAUCAUGCGCAAUACAUGCCCAUCUCAUUUCUCAUGGUCAACUUGAUGGAAGUGGCUAGAACAUAGAAGGGGGAAAAUUCGAGAAAAAGAAAAUUCACUGGUAGAUGAGUGGAAACGUAUUAGUAUCGUACAUGUGAAAUGGACUCGUGGUGAUACUUGUAUCAAUGUGAAGAACAGAAACUAUACUGUUUGGGACACCAACUGAUUUUGUCCCAACUGAUUUUCUGUUUUAACAUAAGAACUUGUUCUUACACCUUACUUGAGUGCCAUUGCAGUUAAUAUUGGCUCCUUGGUCUAUGGUUUGGUCUUUGUUUAGGCUUUAGAGGCCAUAAUUUGCACUAUUGGGCCAUUAAUUUCUAUUUCAGAAACCUAUUUUCUCACCUUGUCUGCCAUUUGCUGCAGCUAUAAACGAUUAUUAAGAAAGAAUAUAAAGGUUUUCUUGCCUCAUUCAAGAAGCUGGAAACAUGUUAAAUGAUUCACACUGACAACUUUGAGAGAGAAUCAUGUUCGCUAGCUACUUCUUCACCGUGUAGUUAGAGAAAGUGGUUAGAUCAAGGUUGGAGAGAGUAAUUAUCAGUGUUAGAUGGCAGUAUCUUGUAAGAGACCGGAGGCACUUGUGCCAUCGAUGCCCAGUAUUCAGAUAUAUGAAUGACAUCACUUACUAGCUCAAA